UCAAAAAAUAUCCUGUUAAAUGCGGGGAGGAAAAAAAUGUGCACAGUAAGAUCCCGGAAAGGUGAAUGAUCAGCGAAUCUAUUUUUUCGUGAUAUUAGCUAAGGGGAAAGCGUUGUAGGCAAAACACUAGAGGAAUUCCCACUCCAGCAGGCAAUCUCAAUGUGUCCGUGGAAGAAUUGCAACCUCCCACCAAUUCGUUGGACACGAACUGAAACUUCAACUCGGUCUUGCACGCAAAGAAGUGUUAGCUCCCUGUGGGAAAUAUGCUCCGCUGCCCAUGACUCAUUAUUUACGCCAGUGCUGGGAAUGCAACAGGUUUUGUUGGACUCAGUGCCUUGUUUAUUUUCAGACGACCGGUUGUAAAUGGCAACAAGCGAGAACAAAUUAAAAAUAGCGCCGUCCUGAAAUGUGAAGAGAAUGAGUUCAGUCAGUGACAAGUCGCGUCCGUUCCCUCUUUAAGCCGCUGCCUGACUGAGUCUUACUUCCGGGUUGCGUCAAGGUCUGCUUCGCUGAGAUAGCUCCUUCAGGGAUACAGUCUGGGAUUAGGGCCACUGUCUAACACACACGCUGGGACUGUGUGUCCUUUACCAACUCGGUUUAUGAGCAGUGUUAAGGAAGAAGUUUGACUAUGGCGACUAUAACGUGCAGAGUGCAGUAUCUGGAUGACACGGACCCGUUCGUUUGCACCAACUUCCCUGAGCCCAGGAGACCGCCGACCUACAACUUCUAUGAAACCAUCCCUUUAAUAGAGCAAGUGGCGGGAGUUCACAAGCUGCUGGACUCCCCACUAAAGUUAGAAGACUGUGUGCUACAGAUAGCUCCGAAUGGGAAUUAUUUGGAUCUGGAGUUGUCACUGGAUGAGCAGAAGGAUGAGCUGGAAGGUUUCUAUGAAGAAGUUGGUAAAGGGAGACGACCUACCAUAAUCCUUCGGACCCAGCUCUCUGUAAGAGUUCAUGCCAUUAUAGAAAAGUUGUACAACUCAACCGGCCCUGAUUUAAGAAGAUCACUUUUCUCUUUGAAGCAACUAUUCCAGGAUGACAAAGACCUGGUGCCCGAGUUUGUCAGUGCUGAAGGAUUGACGUGUCUCAUCAAAGUGGGAGCCGAAGCUGACCAGAACUAUCAGAACUACAUCCUGCGAGCUCUGAGCCAGAUAAUGCUGUUUGUGGAUGGAAUGAAUGGUGUCAUUGGUCAUAAUGAGACUGUCCAAUGGCUGUACACACUGUCUGGCAGCAUGUACCGUUUGGUGGUGAAGACUGCUCUGAAACUCCUGUUGGUGUUUGUGGAAUACACAGAGAACAACGCAGCUCUUCUGAUCCAGGCUGUCAACACUGUGGACGAUAAAAGAGGCACAAAGACAUGGACAAAUUUAGUUGAAAUUCUGGAGGAGAAGAAUGGAGCUGAUUCUGAGCUGCUUGUCUUCACCAUGACACUCAUUAACAAGACACUGGGAGCUCUUCCAGACCAAGAUUCAUUCUAUGAUGUUACAGACUGUCUUGAGCAACAGGGGUUAGAAAAAAUCAUUCAACGGCAUAUGAGUAACAAAGGAACUGAUCCAGACGUAAAGCAACAGUUUACCAUUUAUGAGAAUGCACUAAAGCACGAAGACGGUGAAGAUGAUGGACAGAUGCCAAACGCACGUAGGGACCGGAGGAAGCUGACCCCAAAUGGGGACGAUGGACGGAAAAAUAGGCGAUCAGUAGGACAAAACAUGGCUGAACUAGCAACCAGUCCAGUAUCAGCAAGAGCACACAGCCCAACGCCAGGAAAAGUGAGUCCAAGCAGUCCUACCCAGUUUGAUGUAAAGAAUUCAAAGGUGAUUUCCAUUCAGUCAGCCCAAGCAACCACCCAAAGCCAUUCUGCAACACCUUCACCCACACCAGUAACUCCUACAUGUGAUUUAAAUUCACCAUCUACAAACCAAGUGAAAGCUUCAACAGAGGCUCAUUCCUACACCAGCUACUAUGCAGUAACCUCUUUCACCUUUCCAUCAAGACCUAACCUUGUUAACCAAGCAUCAGAUGAGAGCUCCCUGAACCUCCCCAGCCUUCCACCCAGAAAAUUGUAUUCAUCGUUUAGCAAGCCAGAUCUGCUGAACACACCUUCAGAGGAGAAAGCAAUGAAAACAAGCCCUGGAGAAAAAAGCAUUUUCAAGGCUGAGAAAGUUGCUGUUAGUGAUAAACCAGUUCUGAGAAAGUAUGAAAAUCGCUUUUUAGAAAAUCUUGUUGCCACGCAAAGAGAGAGGAAUUUAAGCAAGUCGCGUUUUUCCAGAGACUUUACCUCCAUACCCACAGACAGACCUCCUGAUGUUGAGGUGCUGAGUGAAAAGGAGCAACAGAAUGAAGCAUUAAACGAGAGAGAGCCAUGUUCAGCCUCCAGCAGUUCAUCAACCAGCAGCACGUUGGAGAGGGAAGAGAGGGGAGACAGACAGGCUGGCGAUAAUGAGACAGGUCAAUGCAUCAUCCGUCAGUCCAGUCUGGAUCAGUGCAGUGCCAUCUCCAGUGACAAGAAAUUCAUGCUUGAUAUGCUUUAUGCUAAAGCCAAGGUCAAUAACUUUCAGCUCACCAAGGGAGAGAGUCCCACUGAAAAUGAGAGGAGAGUCACCAAAAAGGCUUCGGUGGAAUCUACUGAGAGUCUAAUCAAACACUUUUCCAGGCAGGCCAGCUAUCAGACUGAGGAGUGUGAGAAGAAAGCCAGCAUUGAAAGCAUCCCUGGAAGUGUAAAGUCCACACUGGAGAAGUUUGCAGAACCUCAGGUUAAGGCUUUGAAGGAACAGGUCAGCAUUGAGGCUGAACUUAAUGAGAAAAAUGUUGAAAAAACAUCCAUUAUGAAGAAGGACUCCGAGUACAUGUGGGACCAACUAGAAGCAAGUCCUAGAGUGCUGAAAAUCAAAGAUUUAGAUUUCACAGAUCUCCGUGAGGAGGAGGACAUCGAUGUAUUAGAUGUAGACUCAUGCAUGACCAAGGCAACUGUUAAACAUGAUCUUUCUGGAUCACCUGGGAGUUCAGUGGUUCCAUCAGUGCUGCCACCUCCACCCCCUCUACCGCCUGGAGGUGGUCCUCCUCCUCCUCCUCCUCCUCCCCCUCCCCCUCCACCGCCCGGAGGACCUCCCCCUCCCCCUCCACCACCUCCACCUUUUGGACAAUCAUCUGGCCCUCCUCUACCUCCCCCACCUCCACCCACUAACGUUUCCCCUUCACAAGGAGCGAACUCUGCAUUAACAAAGAAGAGAAAGACCGUCAAGCUCUUCUGGAAGGAACUGAAGCAGCCCGAAGGCCUCUCCAAGAGCUGUAAAUUUGGCCGGGGCACUGUCUGGGCUUCCUUAGAUAAAGUGACAGUGGACACCACUAAAUUGGAACAUCUGUUUGAAUCUAAAGCUAAGGAGUUACCAACAAAGAAAGGAACAGAUGCCAAGAGGCAAGAAGUAAUCGUGCUGGACCCAAAGAGGAGUAAUGCAAUUAACAUUGGGCUCACAGUAUUACCACCGGUUCAUAUCAUCAAAAAUGCCAUCCUCAACUUUGAUGAAUAUGCCAUAAACAAGGAAGGUAUUGAGAAAAUAUUGACCAUGGUGCCCACAGAAGAGGAGAAACAGAAGAUCCAAGAAGCUCAGUUGGUGAAUCCCGACAUUCCUUUGGGAACGGCAGAACAGUUCCUUUUAACCCUGUCGUCAAUCAAUGGGAUUACAGCCAGGCUUCAACUCUGGGCUUUCAAAUUGGACUAUGAGCUCAUGGAAAAGGAAAUUGCCGAGCCGCUGUUUGACCUGAAGCAUGGAAUGGAGCAACUUGCAAAGAAUAAAACCUUUAAAUGCCUUUUGGCAACUCUACUCGCGAUUGGAAAUUUUCUGAACAAUUCCAGUGCCAAAGGAUUCGAGCUGAGUUAUCUGGAGAAAGUGUCUGAGGUGAAGGAUACACUUCAGAGGCAAUCUUUACUGUAUCACAUGUGUAACCUUGUGGUGGAGAAAUUCCCAGACACAACAGAUGUGUAUUCUGAGAUUGCAGCAAUCACGAGAUCUGCUAAAAUUGACUUUGAUCAGUUGGCAGAAAGCCUUGUUCAGCUGGAAAGAAAAUGUAAAGCUUCGUGGGAUCACCUGAAGGUCAUAGCUAAGCAUGAAACCAAGCCUGUUUUAAAAAAUAAAAUGACUGAAUUUCUGAAGGACAGCACGGAAAGGAUUAUAAUCCUCAAAGUGGUACAUCGUCGAAUUAUAAACAGGUUCCAUUCUUUUCUGCUCUACCUGGGCCAUCCUUCCAACUCUGCCCGAGAGCUGAAGAUUACCAGGUUCUGUAAAAUAAUUAGUGAGUUUGCACUAGAAUAUCGGACCACCAGAGAACGGGUCCUGCAGCAGAAACAGAAGAGGGCUGCAUAUCGAGAGAGGAACAAGACAAGGGGGAAAAUGAUCACAGAGACUGCAAAGUUCUCCACAGCAGCUGGUAGCACUGAGAGUAGCCCAGCCCCUGAAACGCCAGAUCACCAGCUACAAGCCGAUGAAGAGCAUGAAAACAUGAAGAAUGUUUUGUCUGUUCCAGAGCCACAGACCCGAAGGAGCAGAGGCAAUAGAUCUAUAGGAAGGUUCAGUCCGCCGAAUCCUUCUGUUCCUAAAGAUGAAGCAGCGAGUCCACCCGAUGAUGCUACUGAUGAAAUUAUGGACCGCCUGGUCAAAUCAGUCACCCAGAAUCCCAACCAGAGGCCAUCUACCCCGAAGGAACGCAAGAGAUCAAGAGCAAAUAGGAAAUCUUUACGAAGAACCCUGAAGAGCGGUCUGACUCCGGAUGUGGUCCAGGCCUUGGGUUUGUCCAAAGCCCCAGAAGUGGAAGUAUAAGACUUCAUGAAUGCAAAUGAAGCUCAAUGAUCACGUGAGACAUCUUCACGAAUUAGCACCGAACGAUAGAGAAAACAUUUUCAUAUCCCUCCAGAUUCCUGAACUUCACAAGUACUUUUAAAUGUUACAGUGCACCUUGUACUAGCAGGUUGUUGGAAGGAAUCACGUUGUUGAACUUGAAUCAUAAAAGGAGGGCUCACUAAGUAUUACAGCCCAGUUCGUUGUAGGCAAUGGAUUCAGAGGUCAGAUCGGAGUUCAGUCAAAACAAUGAAUGAUAUUCCUUUCUUCAGAUAGACUGAAUUAUGAUGUUUUCUCUCAAGACUACACAUGUUCAACUGAAAACUUUCAUCUGUUUUCUUCCCCAAUAAAUCUCUCCCAGUCUUUUUCUGAAGGCAGCGACUCUUGUUUUUGAGUACAGUUUGGUAGUUGGUGUUCACCCUCUCAGUGUGAUCCCCGAGUUUGAAACUGGGCAGUGUGUGGCAUUGAAGUUUUAGACAUCAAAGGGCUUCAUGACUGAACUCGACUUUGUCCUCCUCCAUGGUGUAAACAUGUACGUCCAGGAGGAGUCGAUAGAUGGCCAUCAGGUAUGAAAGCACGGGCUAAAUUUCCUCUUCUCCUCUUCAGAGACACUAAGACGCUUCCCCUCCCCAUGGUGCUCUGUCAGUAGUUAGCAAACUCACUACAGACUAGCGAUGGAACUUCUACUUCCACAGGCAUAUAUGGCUCAUCCAUAUGCAAUAUAUUUAGUCACUGGGCCACUACAGGCGAUGCCGACUUUAAAUAUUGUGGACAUUAACCACCUAUGGACUUAGUGGAACCAUCACAUCGAUGACAAUAAAUAUUUAAGUUAUGUCAAAUGACUGAUCUUUAACCAGGAAAGCUAUGUUGUAAAGAUAUCUUAAACUGACAGGAUGGUGAAUUGACAUGAAAACUAAAGAUUGCUACAUUACAGUAACAGUGAGGAAAGCAUAUUCAUUUGUCAGGCAACAAUAAACAGUUUUGGAGUUGUCUUCAAUGUUAAACAUUGUUGGCAGACAUGGACAAACCAGCAUGCUCGUGGGCAGUCCAUGUUACAAAUACAAAUUUGCACUGGGUGUCUCAUUUAUCAUUUAAAUGACCAUUUACAGGCAGUAUUAAGAUAACGCUGUCUUAAAAAAAACCCACUAAUUGACAACUCCAUCAAUAGAUUAGCUGCAAUGUAGUUCCAACAAUUAUCUACCAAGAUCCAAACAUACCUGCCAUCAUAUGGUUAGCAAGGUUGCUGAAUUAAAGAGAUUGCUGAAAUAGGAAAAUAUACCAAGUGCUACCAAUGAAUACCAUUCUCCAUUUUUAACUAUAGGAUCAAAGGUUUUUCAGGAUUGUGUGAUGCAUUUUCAUAUACUUUAUAUUUUUAUCUGUGAGAUUUAAAUUUUUGAAUGUUUGUAUAAGUGUUAUUGCAACAAUUAAAUGUUUCACCAUU